AUGCCUUCUCCGCCACCCAAAGUGCUGCUUUUCGACAUUGGCGGAGUCUGCGUAGGUAUCUCUCUCAUAUCGCCCUCCAGCAGCCAUUCUAAUCGUCCACUACAGGUCGUCUCCCCCUUCGCCGCCAUUCUCGCCUACGAAAAGCAAAACUCCAUUCCGAUAGGCUGGAUAAACACUGCGAUAUCUGCUUCCGGCAAGACCGGCGCAUGGGCGAAACUCGAACGCGGACAAAUACCUCUCGACUCUUCUUUCUUCUCCGGCUUUACUUCUGACCUCUCCGACGAAAAGCUAUGGCGGAACUUCUACAUCAAACAUCUUGAGAAGACUAGGAAAGAGACGGGAGCACAGGCAGCAGAAGAAGUGGUAUUUCAAGUCCCUGCGCCGCCGAACAUUGAUGGAGAGAAGCUGUAUUGGCAGAUGAUGACGGUAUCCAGGAAGCCUGAUUCCCAUAUGUGGCCAGCUUUACAAAAGCUGCGUAAGCACGCAAAACAGAAAGGAUAUAUUGUUGCUGCCUUGAGUAAUACCUCGAUCUUUCCUGAAGGCCACGAGUUCAACUCGCCUGAUACACCGGACGGGAUCUUCCACGCUGAGCUUCGGGGCCUCUUUGACUUGUUUGUUAGUUCAGCACACGUGGGAAUGAGAAAGCCAGAUGAGGAGAUUUAUCAUUACACGAUUGAUGCAUUGGACAAACUUGCAAGGGAAAGAGGUGACAACGAUGGAGUUACAGCUGGAGACAUUGUGUUCUUCGAUGAUAUUGGGACAAAUCUGAGGACAGGCAGAAAAGUUGGCAUGAGGACUGUCAAAGUAGAAUUAGGAAGGGCAGAUAAAGCUGUUGAAGAGCUCGAGAGGCUGACUGGUCUGCAUUUGAGGGGUGAGUCUUCGAAACUCUAG